AUGGAGGAUGAAGAUGGGACUUGUCUACUUGAUGUUUUGUGUGACCCCCAAGCCCUGAACGACUUCCUUCAUGGGACCAAUGAGCUGCAGACUGAAGACCUGCUCAUUAACUCCUCCUCUGGGGAGCCCUCCCUCUUCACAGAUGCCCCGAGCCCCGUGUCUCUGCUGGGAGACGGCAGGGAUUCCCCAGACACGCCUCCACCUGGGUGUGUGGAUCUGUCCUUCUUGGAGGAGGCCCUCCUGUCAUCGCCAGAGGGCGGAGAAGACCCACAGGUGGUGCAGGGCGGGCCACCUGUGGAGGAUGGAUGUGAGGCAAAGAAGGGAGAAGUGCAGGAAGCGGAGGAGGCGGAGGUGGCAUGUGAUAUCCUCCAGCAGAGCCUGCAGGAGGCUGAGAUCACUGAGCAGACCAUGGCACUGGAGGCAGGUCUGGCCCAGCCCGGGGACAAUCUGUCCCUGUACUCACCUGCUCCUCUCCUCUCUCCUCCCACCAUACCAUUCAUACCCAAGUCUGUGACCUUGCCCGUCACCCCAGCAUUGCCCAGAGACACCCAGGCAGCAGUGGAGCCUCCCCAGCCCUCCCUCCUGGCUGUUGGGCCUGGCUGCCCUUCACUAAAACCCGCUGCCCCACCUCAGCUGAUGGGGCUCCUGCCUGGAAAUGUGUUCCCUGCUCCUUCUCCAGAGACCUCCUUCUCUCUGAGUCCUGCCCAGGGCUCCAGUAUGAUCAUCCACAAGGCUGUUCCCAGUGUGACCACUCGUCCUCUUAUCACUCCAACCCUGAGGGCAGCAGCAGCAGCUCCAGGAAUCGUCCUGCAGAGGGCCCCUCUCCCCAUCCAGCCCAAGCUCCCCAUCAGCAUUCAACCCAGACUGGUUCAAAUUAGCCCCAAGCCUUCAGGGCAGAAACCCACUCCAAGUCUUACAUUUGUCCCUGGGACAGCCUCACCAAACAUUUUACUGUCCCAACCUCCAGGCCAGAAGCCCACAGCUCCACCACCACAGCCCACCCAGCAGCUCCCCAAACCAGUCAGCCUGCAGCUAGUCAACCAGGGCGGCUCCUUUGUGCUCCAACCUCAGGGACUCUUCCAAGGCCAAAACCAGUUCCUUCUUCCAGGCCAGUCCCCUGUUACAAUCUCGCAGCCUGCCAAUGCAGCUCGAUCACUGCUGACUCCCAGUCACCAAGGCCCGUCGGUCCACAGCGUGACUACGUCCACCGGGCAGCUCGUGGACGGCUCUCAGAUCCUAACUGUUCCCCAAAGACAGCUGAACUUCAGCCCUGUCUUCACCACUCCCACUGGGCAGCUAGCUCUCCGCCAGGCCACUGUGCUUUCAGGACCCUUGCAUCUACAGACAGCACCCCCUACUGUCUUCCAGAUGCCAGCACAGCUGGCUGGAACCUACACUCCAGGAGGGCAGGGGCACCGUGCCACCCUGGUCCACAGUCCUGCUCUUGGAAACCACAUUACCUUGAUCAACAGUUCAGGGGUGCUUCCCCCAGAUCUCACUUCCAUCUCGAUCCUCAACGGCCCCUCUGUGGUUCAGGGGCUGCCUUUCGCUGCGCAGGCCCCGGCUCCUCAGGCAGGAGUGACAGAGGGACAGUUGAGCCUCCAGCAGGCGUCUGUGGUGCUGCUGCCUGAGAGAGCUGUUCAAGAAGAGAGGACCAGUUCAGAGGAGACUUUCCACCAACUACCACAGCCCUACGGACACGUGCUCAGACACGUCUCGGUGCAGCCCACCUCUGCAGGACUGCAGGCCUCCUCUCCUCCCGUAGUUACCGUCCUGCAGCCGCCUCCUGAACCACCCCUGGCCCCGGAACCAGCUGUAGAGAUGCCCAAACUUUUGAUGCCCCCAGCAGACAUGACCCAAGUAGUGGAAGAGGUGGCCCACUCGAUGAGUCAGAACCAGGCGUUUAUGCAACAUCUGCAACAGCAAGCACUUAGCUCUCCCAUCGCAUCUGAACUGCUGGUUGGAGCGCUGCCAGUGGUGCCAAUGGAGUCUCUUGCCUCCCCCGUGGCCAGUGAGAGAGAGACCCAGCCUCAGACUCAUGCAGACCCCGGUCAGGACGUCCACACUGGGAUGUCUGACCAGUGCGUUGAGGCUUCUCCGCUUCACUCAGACCACGAGGACACGUCGCUGCUCUGCAACUCCCCUCUGAUUCAGGACACCGGGAGAACAGCUCCGGCAACUUUCUCCCCUCCGGCUGGACCUCAGACUACACUGCCCGGACCUGAGAGUUCAGUCCCCCAGACCACAGCUCCCCAGCCCCUCAUCGAGCCCCAAGUCCAGUACCAGGUCCCUCAUCAGCUCCAGGUCUCCCAGGCCUUAUUUGCCCAGAACCAGGUGCAGAUCCAGUCAUCUGUUAACCAGCCUCUGCCCCAGGUCCAGGUCCAGGUCCAGCCGUCUGUUUCCCAGCCUCUGCCCCAGGUCCAGGUCCAGCCGUCUGUUUCCCAGCCUCAGUCCUCGACCCAUACUUCAGUCCACAGCAGCCCCUCCUCUCUGAUUGUCAGUGUCUCGGUGCCUCAGCAGCAGCCUGAUCCCACAGCUGCUAGUCUCUCCAAAGGAGGAGACGACUCCGCUGUCCAACAGCACACACAAACCAAGCCAACAGCUGCCUUGGCCGUGGAGAGUAAAACGUUUACUCUCGAUGUCCAUCCACCCUCUCCUGCAGCCCAGGGUGUCCAGGUUCACGGGGCCCCAGCUCCCAGGGAGUGUGACUCCAUCCAGACGAACCAGCAGACAGGCACCAAGCUGGCAGGUCCUCCGGAGCAGCAGAGAGAGGAGAGGCUCACACCAGCAAUGCGCAGGCACAGGUUCCAGCAGCAGCUUUGCUUGGACCACGGAGCCGUCCAGCGCCCGUUUACCGGCCCGGCCUUUUCCACGCUGAAGGACGCUGUUCGACGCCUGCUGCCGUACCACACCUGUGCUGGUCACCUGCCAACUCAGAAUGACUUCAGUUUAGUGGACCAGGAGUUUGACACUGUGUCCGGUUUCCUGCUGAAACGCACCAAGGACAUGGUCAACAAAUACAGGCAGCUACUGGUUAGAGAGGCCCAGCAGGAGAGUCCAUCAGCGGAGAUGGUGAUGCUGGAGCGUCUCUUCCUUCAGGCCGAGCGAUACGCUUUAGCAGAGGACAGACGGAGGGCCCGGAGAGACCCAGAGUCAUUCAUGAUCUCCUUGGCCACAUCAGCGUCUUCCCCUCAUGGUGCCCACUCCUCUGGCCCCUCUCACCUCUACUCCUCCGGCAGCCCCUCCUCUCCACCAGCUUGGACCAGACUGUCCGACCGGCCUCCAGGACUGAAGACGUACCGCUCCAGCUCCCGCGGGGGUCUCAGGCUCACCAUCAAGCAGGAGUCCGGCUCCCGUAAGGUGGUCCACAACUCGGCCUGUGACCCCGGACUCAAGAGGGACCACACGGGGCAGCUGACCAAUGGCGGUGGAGCCGGGAACGAACGCCACUCUCAGGCACCCAACGGAGCACCCCAGCGUCCUCAGCGUGAAGAGGAGAUCUCCAACGGAGCUCUGCCUGGAAACACUGCAGAGGAAGUCCCACAGACAGCAGCACCCAAUUCCAAAAUAAAAGCCCCAAACCCUCUUUCUAUGCCAGAGCCACAGGCCGCUUGCUUCGAGUUGCCUCCCAGAGAUGUCAGUGCCCCAAAACUGAAGUGUUACAGGCUGGAUGCGUCGCCUCAGCCGGAGCCGCGUUUCAGCCCACCGCCUCCAGCCCUCCAAGAGGACAACAUGCUCAGUGAACAUCUACAGAGUGCCAUUGACAGCAUCCUGGAGCUCCAGCGCCUGCAGGGCCCCUCAGCAGCCCCAACCAGGGCCACGUCAGGCCCUUCACUGGACCAGGCUGUCACCAGCAUCCUGGAGGGACACCUGUGA